UUGCACUUAGAUGUAAAAAAAACUGAUAGUUUUGGUGAUUUUUCAACAAAGGAAGAACAGUUGAUGGAGAAUUUUAUGGUUAAUACUGUCGCACCGAUCAUGCUCACCAAGACUCUUCUGCCACUUUUAAAACAAGCAGCCGAUAUAAACAGAGACAAACCUAUUGGAGUAUACCGGGCUGCUGUUGUAAACGUAAGUUCGGUGCUUGGCUCGAUUGCACAGAAUGAUCAAGGCGGAUUUUAUCCAUAUAGAUGCUCAAAAGCAGCAUUAAAUGCAGCAACAAAAUCUAUGAGCCUCGAUCUAAAAAAAAGAACAAAUUCUUGUCACUUGUGUACAUCCCGGCUGGGUAAGGACGGAUAUGGGAGGUAA